GGGACUUUCCCUGGAGAUCUCAGUCUUUCUUGGUAGCUCUCCACUCAGUUUACUUGUUUUCCUAAUCUGUAAAAUGAAGAUAACCAAAGUAACCCUUCAUGCAGGAUGCUGUAUUCUCUGCUCCUUUGUGAAUGUCUGUGGCUGAUAACCGGUUAUGCUCAUGAUGAUGACUGGAUUGACCCCACAGACAUGCUUAACUAUGAUGCUGCUUCAGGAACAAUGAGAAAAUCUCAGGUAAAACAUGGUGUAUCAGAGAAAAAAGAAGUCAGUCCUGACUUGUCACAUGCUGAUGAAUUGUUGGAAUGUUAUAGCAAACUUGAUUCUUUAACUCAUAAGAUCGAUGACUGUGAAAAGAAAAAGAAGGAAGACUAUGAAAGUCAAAGCAAUCCUGUUUUUAGGAGAUACUUACACAAGAUUUUGAUUGAAGCCAGAAAGCUCGGACUCCCUGAAGAAAACAAAGAUGAUAUGCAUUAUGAUGCUGAGAUUAUCCUAAAAAGACAAACCCUGUUAGAAAUACAGAAGUUUCUCAGUGGAGAGGAUUGGAAACCAGGAGCCUUGGAUGAUGCACUAAGUGAUAUUUUAAUUAAUUUUAAGUUUCAUGAUUUUGAAACAUGGAAGUGGCGAUUUGAAGACUCCUUUGGAGUGGACCCAUAUAACCUGUUGAUGGUUCUUCUGUGUCUGCUCUGUAUCGUGGGAUUAGUCGCUACCGAGGUGUGGACGUAUGUGCAUUGGUACACCCAGCUGAGACGUGUGUUAUUCAUCAGUUUCCUCGUCAGUUUGGGAUGGAAUUGGAUGUAUCUAUAUAAGCUCGCGUUCGCGCAGCAUCAGGCCGAGGUUGCCAAGCUGGAGCCGUUGAACAACGUGUGUGCUGAGAAGAUGGACUGGAUUGGAAGCCUCUGGGAAUUGUUGAGAAGUUCAUGGACCUAUAAGGAUGACCCAUGCCAAAAAUACUACGAGCUCUUAUUAGUCAACCCUAUUUGGUUGGUCCCACCAACGAAGGCACUGGCGGUUACAUUCACCAACUUUGUCACGGAGCCACUGAAACACAUCGGGAAAGGAGCUGGGGAAUUUAUUAAAGAGUUCAUGAGGGAGAUCCCAGUAUUACUUCACAUCCCAGUGCUGAUCGUUAUGGCUUUAGCUGUCCUGAGUUUCUGCUAUGGUGCUGGAAAAUCAGUUAAUAUGCUGAGACAUUUAGGUGGUCCUGAGAGAGAACCACCCCGGGCACUUGAGCCAGGUGAUAGAGGACGGCUGCAGGAAGUUGAUGAUAGACCCCAUGGUGGAGCAGGUGAUGCACGUUUCCCUUAUAGAGGCCACAUCAGCCCCUUUGAGCGAGGCCCUUGUGACAGAACAUAUGAGGGUAGAAGAGAUGGUAUGAGAGAGAGAGAUGUUGACUUGAUACCUAGGACUGGCACCAAGAGCCCCGAAGUGCUCCGGCCAUGCGAUGUACCCCAGGCAGAGGCGAGAGAGCGUCCCACGGUGGUACCCAGUCAUAAAUUACCCGUUUUGGAUACAAAGCCCAAAGAAUUCGGUGGAAUCCAGGGAGAAAGCACACUGCCUGAAAGCAGUACUGAAAGCAUCCAGUCUAGUAGGCCUUUCUCUGGCCCAGACACAUCAGAGAAGGUGGAAGGUUCACCUGCAGAGGAAAAGGCCCAGCUCGGGAGCGAUACCAGGGGCAGCCCAGAGGAAGGCAGCGUGUCCAGCCCAGCCAGCGGUGGGAAGGAUCUGGAUAGUGGCCCAUGUGGCUAGAGGAGCACAGACUCGGACCACAGCUCAGAGAUAUCCGUUUGGGGAUGCAGUCCACUUUGACAGCUAGCGAGGCAACAUACCACUGCUGUUCAAUGAUGACAGCAAUUUAGGGAAGACACUAAAGCAGACCGAACAGAUCAAGGCCAGUUUAUAACUUGGGGAAAUAGACUUGUUUAUUGUCCAGCCCAUAUUUAUCAUUAGAAUCAAGAAUUUUAGCAACAGGCUUUUAGGAAAAUCAGAAUGGGGUAGACAGCUUUAUAAAAGCAGUCUUUAAGUGGAAUAGAUAAUGUUGAAUGUUUACAGGGUCUAAGAACUAUUGUAUACACAAAAUAAACACCUAUUUUUACAUUACUGUGAU